CAUUUCGGCCCACACAUUUUUACUCUAAAAUUCAACAAAUUAUAAAUAAAUUCCGGCCUCCUUUAAAUUGUUUUAUUACUCCAUUACCCAUUUCACAAGUCACAUAAUCACAGUUUUAAGAAACGAGUCUUCAAAAAUGUCUCAAAAGCAAAUUUGAUAAUCGAUUUCCAGAAAUAAAUAUCUCCAAAAAUGGAAUCAUUCGAAUCAGCUCUUCCCUACGUGUUGAUCGGGUGCAUUUUCUAUGCAUUUGGUUUGAAAUGGUGCUGCGAGUACGCCAAAUUUUGGAUAACACCGAAGCGCAAUGAGGAAAACGAGCCGUCAAAGUCACGGAGGAUCGCUCGCUAUUGCGAGAAACUUUUCAUAAAUCAUCCGAUAGAAGGGAGUCUGAAACUGAUUGCCACUGCUGUUGGUCUAGUCGGAACAAUGAUCGGCGGAUUACCUGACAAUGUAACAGUAUCACCAAAAGUUGUUCACGCAACAAUUUAUUUAUUUUUCGCAUUUUCCGGCCUAGUCGAUGUGCUGACAUUUUACUUUCCCCGCAACGUGACAAACAGUUUGGCGCAUCUAGCCCUCGCCCAGAGUUUUUUCGUCGAGGGUUUCCUGUUUGUGUGGGCAAGCCCAACCACAAAUAUGGCCAACGGAAUACUUGCUGGGAUAGUUUGGAUGACCUCGUUCACGGUUCUACUGGAAAUCGUCUGGCCAGAUCUUAAAAUUCUACGAGGAUUCACGACUGUCCUGCAUGGCGGAUGGAUCGCCCACAUGGUCAGAACAUAUCCAGUGGAAAUUUAUUCACCUGAGCGAGUGGCGCUCGCAUUUUCUUGGCACAUCGCUACAGCUUUUGGAGUAACUCUCUGCAUCGUCGCUGUUACUCGCAGCUGCAUACCGAGAGUCGCUGAGGAACCACCGGAAAUUCCUAUUUAUGACUAUUGCCAUGAGCCCCAUCAUGACAUUUAAAUGACUAAAUUUAUUUUUAAAUUUUUCUAGUGCUAUUUAUUUUUACACUUGACAUGACUGAUUAUUGUAUUUUAGAUUAAUUAUUUUACUGUACGUAGAUUAGUGAUACUUCAAGUGCCAAAAGAGUCGCAGAAAUUAGUCACCAGGGUAUUUUUUUGUAGACUUUUUUAUUGAUUUAAAUAUUGUGCCUUCUUAUGGAAAAACUUUUUAUCAUUUUUUUACAGACGAAAAUUAUUUUUGGAAAUGUUGUAAUUAAAAAAAUUUUGAUAACUCAUUUUUAUUCUCUAUUAAUAAAAAAAUUUUUUAACUAAUAUCAUAUUGAAUUAUGUUCCUGAAGAUCGGAACAUUUUUUUCAAAACGAAAAUAAAAAGUAAAAAUUUUACGAGAUCUAGAUUUCUGAAAUCUUUCGCACGUCAGCUAAAAAUUACAGCCCCCUCUCCCUCCUCACCUCCAGAUCUACCCCUAAAGCAGAGAGACUACACAAUUUUUUUUAAUUUUCGUUGCCAGAUAAACUUUCUGAUCUUUAAGUACUUAUAGAAUUUAAAUGUAUAUUUAUUAAUUUAACUACCGCCGAAAUUUUAUACUACCAAAUUUUUUUUUAGUAGCUUUUGGCUGUCAACGAUUAAGUAAUUGGCAAAUUAAAUACGAGCAAUUACUUCAAUUAUAAACAUUGGAAAAAUUAAAACUGAUGCUGUCAUCCCGGCUUUCAAUUCCUUUGAAAAAAUUUCCUGAGAAAAUACAAAGAAAAAUGUGAUGUGUCGUAUAGACUCAGA